AUGAGAGCUAGCAGAGCAAGAAAGUUGCUUCAAAAGAAGGAAGAACAGAGAGUUGUUGAUAAAGCUUCUGGUAUUUAUUUGCAUAGUGAUUAUUCAGAUGAUGAAUCUCUGAUAGGGGGUGUUAGUAAACUUGUUGUUUUUGUCAAGCUUGGGGUCAGUGGGAUAACUAGGUGGAGAAAACCUGUUCAAUUGGUUAGAUUAUCUUAG